AUGUCCGUCAAAUUGCAGUCGUCGGCCGGCGCCGCGGUACCGGUAAAUCGGCCGCCGUCGACGUCGUGGUGGACGGCGCGCUUCCUGGACAAACCGGAAAACGCAUUUCUGUGCGCCGUCGACGAGUCGUUCGUCCGGGACCGGUUCAACUUGAUCGGCCUGGAAGACGCGAUCCCGGGUUUCGACGCGGCCGUCCGGCACGUGCUGGGCGAAACGCGGACGGACGGCGGCGGCGGCGCCGUCGUCGACAAGACUUCCGGCGGCCACAGGAACGCCUGCGGACAGGAGGCCGCGGCUGAACUGUUCUACGGGAUGGCGCACGCCCGGUACGUGAUGACGCCGACGGGCGUCGCGAAAAUGUUCGAGAAAUACUUGGCCGGCUGUUUCGGCCACUGUCCCCGGGUCAAUUGCGACCGUUCGCCCGUCUUGCCCAUUGGUGCGUAAUAGUAAUAAUCAACACGAUGAUAAUAUUGAAUAACGUCUGCGGGCCCGGUGCCGUGCGCAGAGGACGGUAGGUUAAGGAUUAUACAUCCCCCCCCCCCCAUUGGCAUGAAAAUACAAAAAAAUGUGCGUGAUCGUCAAUAUCCAAACGCAUAUAUUUCAGCCGAGGAAAUAGGUACGAGGAUAAACCGGUUCGAUGUAUUGAUUAGAAAUUGGCGUCCGGUUUUUAAAUUACCAAUUCCCGUUGUCGAGUUGAGUAGAGAAGUCGAUUUUACGGAUUAUUCGCGAUUUUUAUUUGCUACAUCCCAUCCCAUUGAAAGUUCCUGGACACUCCACCGGACGGAUCACCGGCCGCUAUAAUCGAAUGUUAUUAAUUUCAGCGUUUCUGCAAACUACUAUGGAGAAGGGUGGAGGGGGAACCAAGUGGAUCGCUUGUAAAGCGACCGGCAAGACGAACGAAAAGCCAGAUGAAUUUAAUAAAACUACGCGCUAAAUUCUAAUUUUUCUGUUAUCGUUUGUUCAAAAGUUUUUUUUUCGUGUUAAAGUCGUGUUUCGUCAGUUUCCAUUGUCAUUUACGUGUCCGCUGUUUUGAAGUCUACGACAGUGUACACGUCUGUAACUAACAUAAAGUUAGUUAUACGGAUUUAUUUAUCUUUAGAUUCUGAACGGAAUAUGGAAUGUAUUGAUUUUACAAUUGUGUUAAUUUUUUUUUCUUCUGUAGAGAACUUUCUACCAGCAAUUAUAUAUAAUAUUAACAGUACUUUUUCUGAAAGUAAGCUGGACUAGAGAGAUACUUUGAAGAGGCUAUUUUUUCGAUAUUCCCAGAAUUUUUCCCAAUGAAUGGGAAAAACCAUGAAAAACGGAAAAAUAGGUACAAUAUUGAACAAAUACUGUUAAAGAAAAUAUCUUAUGCAUAUGCAAUUAUUUUAUACCAUAGUAUAACAUGUAUAAUAUAUGUUGAUGACAACGCAACACUGUCAACCGAACUCCGCUCAGAAUCGUAUUUCCGUUAGCAAUGGUUAAUCGUUGCUUACAGAUGAUAAUAAUAAUAAUAUAUUUUAUUUCAUUUCCUAUUUUUACACAAUAAUAGGAUCGACAAUUAGAUAUGAAAUGAUAAUGUCUCCUAAAAGCAAUGCUUGCGGAGUUCUAUACUAAAAUAUACACCGUAAAAACUUUAAAAAAAAAAAAAAAAAAUACACAUAACGGGGUUCACGGUAUCGAUCACAAUUUUCGGGCCGUUCACUCGUCGUAUCAGACGGUGUUCCCGAACUGCCGUAAAUCCACCGAGCAGUCCGCCGGACUGGCAGGCGGAUUUUGGAACGCGCGUAGUUUUCGGUAAUUUUUAUGUGUUAACGCGGUUCGCGCGAUUGACUCGAGCCCGCCUUCCCCGGGACACCGGGGUUAACGGAUAACUGUGCGCGAGCGAUACUUAGUGGUCGAACCGUCCGCGGAACAAGUCGCGCGGCGCCUAAAAAGAGACGCGCGGAUCGCCCCCCCCCUUCGCCGCUCGUCGACUUCUUGUUAACAACUGUUAAUUUUGACGUCCGCUAAAACGUACGAAACCAAUGAUAAUUGUAACCGGAACGUCGAACGUCGGUCCGCGUUGGUCCACGUCGUCGCGUACACAAAAUACGUAUUACGCGUCGUAAUGACGGCUGCGUUGUAUUGUGAAACCCGGCUCCGUCACGUUUUCUGCGCCACGCGCCAUAACGACCCCGCGCGCCCGCGGCCAAUCACAGCGCGAUGUUCCGUUUCCGUCAGCGUCGCGUGUACCCCCCCCCCCGCUCCCCGGCCGGCAUCCGCUUUACCGUCGCGCGCAUAAUAAUGACAUUGUAAUAAUAUUGAACAUCGCGCGCGCGCCCUCGUCCCGUUGCCGCGUUAUAGGCGUCGGUUAUUCGAACAGACGCGCGUAACGCAUUAUCGCGUACGUAUUUGCACAUGUGUGUUAUUAUUUGUGUGGGUAUUAUUUUUGAUUGUUUUGAAGUUUCGGAUUCUGAAUAAAUAUUUGCUCCGCCUCGUACAAAACGCCCGGACAGAAAGCCAUAUCUGUCCUCCUGUCAAUCCGCGUACGAGUUAGCUUAACGGUUUCACGCGUGGUGUAAUGAAAUACGCAAAGAAUGUAAAUUUCUUUCGCUAAAAUACAACCCUCGACGGUUUGUCCACCUCGCGCGAGUGACGCCGUGGCUAAAGUCUUGCGUAGACAUCAAAUAUGAGUGGUUACUAAAAAAAAAUCGCUAAACGACACAAGCGGAUACCCACAUAACACGGUGUCACCGUCCGAUAACGCUGAUUUGAAUAAACCGCCUCAAACCGGCGUGCGGAACCUUCGCUAUCCCAGGUCAGUUGCACGCCCGGUUUUGAACGGUCCGUAUGCCGACGAACCGUAUCGCUUUGUAUAAAUACAUUUUUAAACGCGUAAAUUGCGAUUGAUUUUCGAAGCCCCUAGAAUAGGAGAGCCGUGUGCCGCCUGCCGGUAUAUUAUAGUGACGAAACUGUGCCGCUCGCGGUUGUUUUAUGGUUUUUUUUUUUAUUUUUAUUUUUAAUUUUUUUUUUUUUAUUAUUAUUUACCGUUUCAGGACUCAGCGACGCGGUGGGAAUCGACACGGUGCGGAUUUACUGUCCCCGAUGCAUGGACGUGUACUGGCCUCCGGCCGGGCUGAACGGGUCGUCCGUAGACGGCGCGUACAUCGGCACGGGAUUCCCGCACAUGGCGUUCAUGACCCAACCGGAGUUAAGGCCCGCGCGGCCGAGGGGCCGAUUCGCGGCCAAGCUUUACGGGUUCACCGUGCACAAGUCGGCCGGCGACCUGCAGCGGUUAGCGGCCGCCGAGCGCAAAGGCGGUGCGAACUCGAAUUGCGUGGACAAGACCAAAGACGGACCACCGCGCCGGUGCGGUGUUCAACAAAACACCGCUGUUGCUUGA